AUCUCUCUGAUAUCCCCCUCUCGUCCCGAAGUGAUUUUCUGGCGGGGGGGUGUUUUAGUGUGAUCUAUGCCUGUGAUCGCAACCUGCGAAGAUCUGGUGCAUGCUCGACUCGUGGAAUCAUCGCUCUCACUGAUUCGGGAUUCUCGAUAUGGAGACGCUCGUGGUGGUGGCGCAGCACCGGAAUCAAUACUGCGGCCGGGCGAAACCGGACGGCCUGGCCAGGCUCGAUCCUUCGCCGUCGAAAUGCUUCAGAGAGAUCAGCUGCAGGGCUUUUCAAUCCGGGGCGGGCAUUUUGCCGACCCCGCGUAAGGCUCGCGAUGCGGCGGAGAUCGUUCCGGCUCCGCCUUGUUCCUUGGUAACUCCUCCGCCUUCUGCUAGUUCAGUGUCUGAUGAGACCGGCUUGAAACCGAAAGCUCGGAGCACGCCCAUCGCCAUCAAGGCCAAACCUGUCAGUGACGAGAGAUUUUUCUGUGACGAUUUCUCCAGUGGGAACCUGUCCUUUUCCGAGCUGUGGGCGGGGCCAGCUUAUUCGAACUCGCCCCCGCCGAGUUCUCUGCCGAUUCCCAAGUUUUCCCUCCGCCCGAAGAGGACCGUCUCUCUCGAUUUGCCCGGCUCCGCUCCUGAUGGCAUGGUGAUGCAUCAUCCCAUUGCAAAAUCUGCUCCUGCUUCUCCUACUAGGGACUGCAAACCAUCCGCUAAGGCUUUCUUCCACAGUGCUGACUCCGCGACUGAGACUCUCCGUCGCAUUCUGAAUCUUGAUGUCACUGAUGAAUGAGGUGGUGGGGAAGCCCCCGGCUGGGCUUCGUGGGAAGGAGUGUUAUCCGUAGAAGCGAAUUUAGAUAGAGUGUACAUAAAAUGAAUAAUUUGGUUGGUAGUAUCUGUAGCGUUUUGUCAGCUCGACAUUGAACUAACUGCGGCUUUUGAGCGAUCAUGGCUGUGGUGGGGUUAAUAGUCUCCUGGCAAAUGGUAGGGCGGUAUGUACCGUGCAGGCGGUAUGUACUGUGGUGGGGUCAAUAGUCUCCUGGCAAAUGGUAGGGCAGUAUGUGCUCUGUUGGUGGUUUUUGGUCGUUGGAAUUUCUGAAGAGACGAGUGAGGUAAUCCCAGAUGGCUCUAGUUUGUGACAAACAGUGAUUCUGCAUUUGGAAAUUGGUGGGAUGAAAAGUAGAAGGGGUAAGAAUAUUUGUGUAGCUGUGAAGAAUGCUGGUGGACGAUUUUUUUUAGCACUUGGAGGAUCUACCGACCUCUUGAUAUUGGGAGCCUGAAGCAUCUAUGUUCUAUUCAGAGGUUAAAUUAUGAAUAAUCCGGUCCUCCCUUUUUGGGAUAUCUAUAUAUAAUCUUAAUCUUGCAAGGCCCUUCUUGACUAGGUAUAGUUCUUAGCAACAGUUACUCUGUAGAUACUGUACAAUCUUCUCUUCAACUCCUCUCUUUCUGACUCUCUGAUACUGAUCUUAAGUGUAGGACUCUUGACUCUGUCUGUCUGUCUGUCUCUCUCUCCCCGAUGUCUUCAGUGACGUCAUUGUUUAUCCUCCUUAAUUGACUUCCCAGUUGUUCAUCACACCUAUAUCGGCUGCUGAUAAGUUAAGAAUUUUCCUUUCUCAUCUUCAGAUUGUAGUAUCUUUCGAGUUCGCCUUCAUGACGUGAUUCCUUUUAGGCAGAACCUGACUCUUUCGUGCACUACAUGAGGCUGCUGCCUCCCUUCGCCAUCUUUUCUGUUUUUAGAAGGAAAAGUGGGAAUGGGAAGCAAACAUAUUUAUUUUGCCUCUUCUUGCUCCUAACCCUUCCCAAAUCGCGUUGCGUUGCUUUUGUCUUUCCCGAGACCCUCUGUCCGUAUCUUGCUCUCGGAAGUAGUUUCUCUAUCAUGUCAUCCUUGGAGAUCAUUGACCUUACCGACCUAUACACAACUUGCCAGGUUGUAAGAAUCGGGAGGCUGCUUUUUCUAAAAGGUAUUGCUCAUAAGUCCAGCACUUUCAAGGGCAAAUCUUUGAAGAGAAAGUACUAGCUGUUUCUUCGGUCCAGUCGGUUGUGUCUUUAGCGUAGUCAGUGUUGUGUAGCUGCAAGAACUAGUUUUCCCUUGUGUUCCGUAUUUUGUGUUGACCAGUGUAUAUCUAGAGAGUUGUAGGCGAUUAAGCACUUGCAAUGGAGUUGUGUAGCUGCAAGAACUUGAAGUUUAUCGUGCUUUACAUUUAUAUAUGCUUUCCUUUAGAUGAACUCUAGCGUCCUAUCAAGUAUUGACUUUGUAGAA